AUGGCGGCGUUGUGCUACUUACCCAUGCCAGGUGUUUUUCGGGCUUUACGGUCUUGUGGGUUCCGCUACUCCUCUAAUUUCAGAAGUGCUUAUAGUCUGGAUAAGCUGUAUCCUGAUACCGAGAGCCGGCUACAGAAGGCGAGUGUGACCCUCACAGAACAUGUGUCCUGAAAUGUGCCCUUUAACUUACUGAAUGGAGAGGUCAUGGUGUAAUGUUAGAUAUUAUUCUUUCACUGUGACAACAGGAAAUCUGAUAGAGAAUGUGUCUGUUUUAUUUCUUUUUUUUUUCAUAUUACUGUUUCAUUUGAUGGGUUUUGGAGCUAAGGUAUAAAUUCUUAUUUAUUUAUUUUUCUCUUAAAGUUGUUCUUUAUGCCAUAUAGCAGGGCACAUAAGUGCAUAUACGGGGCCUGGAUAACCAGAGUUGAUUCCAUUAGAACAAUGGAAGAACUGUCUUACUCUUUUUUUUCCCCCUUAAAUAUGAAGAAUAUCACACUAUCUGGGCACCCUGGCUCAAAUUCCUCCAAAAGUAAGAACCAAUAGGGUAAAUAAUUUUGUGAUGCCAUGUUACCUUCUCACAAUCCUGUAAGACAUAACUACAUUCUUCAACAAUGUUUAGGUUCAAUUGACGAUGUUACACUUCUGAUGCCCCAUAUUGUCAUUUGAUAUCUUUACCAAAUGUUGUAAAUCUUUAAAUUGCUCAAUAAAAAAAAAGGUGCAUAUAUCAAUAAAUCAUUAUUCAGACCAUUAUAUCCAAAUAAGUGGAACAUCUACAUUAGUAUCAUGGCGAACUAGGGACAAACUGACGAUACUUUGGGGACCCUCCGUUUUGGUUAAACAACUCAACAGACAUUGAACUGAGGGAUGGUGCCCAUAGCCUACUAGUUUAAUAACCAAUGGCAUGUAGUGUUGGUAGUGCUUUUACUGCUGUUACAACUGCCAUAUAAAGUUGAUCUGUCACUUUCGGUGGUCUUUGCAUAUUUUGCAAAGACCCCUAUAGGUGACAGUUCUGAUUAGGGUCAGGUGACUAUGGGGUGUAGUGGAAGGUAGAUUUACUUACCUGAAGCUGUCGCCACCGUCGUCUUCUUGGAAAUCUUAAUUUGGUUGGAGCUGAGUCAGUGCUGUACUCUUGCGUGAGAGUACAGCACUGAGGUCUAUGGAGGGUCCUGUGAGACCAGUGGAGCAUCAAGAGAUGGCAUCUUGUGAUGAGCGUGACUAUCAAUGAAGGCCACAGCCCCACUUAUGAUGGUUGCUGGGAUUGAACAAAAGAUGACAGCAAAACUUUGCCUUUUGUCGUAUGAAUGAGAUUCCAAUGCAGUCAAUCUCAGUAUUUCAUAAAUAUUGAUAUAAAAUACUGACUAAUGACAGUGUUCUACAUCAAAAGAAGUGCAGUUGCCUGUCGACAUUUUGUGCCACUUAUUUAUUUGCAUUACAUAGAUCAGUGGUACUUAAAGGGGCACUCCGUCUAAGAAUAUGUCACAGCACCAGAUGGGUGCGGCCAUGCUGGUGUUGGCCUUGGGGCAGAAACUUACCUGGACAGUGGAUGCCAGUCUGCCUUCCAUGUAGCUCCCGGUCAUUAUAGCGAUCAAAUGGAUGCCAGCCGUUACGCUACAGAGCUCAUUUAUAGCUCUGCCUCCUUUAAUGACAAUAUUGACAUUUGAUGUCACAAGGGCAAUUCAGACCAAUCCGUGACAUACUAGGACUAUUUCAACCAAUUUUAGAUUUACCACUGUGCACUGUCGUAGUUUCAUUUACUGGUAAUCAGAGAGUGCGAUUAUUUUGUAAUUCUUGUUGGCUACUCUGACCUAGGCUUGUUAGUGACCAUGCUCCUUCCUGUUAUCCUGAAACUGUUUCUUAUCGUACUUAUUGUCUCAUUCUGUAUCCCUUGUCUCAGUAAAUUUCAUAUUUAUGUUGAGUUUGACCACUUAAGGCCCGGUAGUACUUAUAUUUAAAUUAACUUGUGUUUUAUUGUUUUAAGACACACUGCUUGUUGGGACAUAGUAUUUUCUGACAGCACCAUUAGUACUACAGCCCACGGUUGGGGAUAUCUGGUGAGGUCCCAUGGUAAGCGGUCAAACCAUUAAUUUAUUUCUUUAAAUGGUUUGACACUUGCCUGGGUCCCCAGAAUGCCAGCAGUCAUUUCAGUCUUCUCAGUAUCACUGGAGCAGAUGUUUUCAGCCCACUUUUUAGCUCUAUUGGUUUUGUGCAACUUUUUUGUGACUGGAAUUAUUUGAAGCUCCCUGAUCAGUUACUGACAAUUCACAGUUUGAAUAAUUCUUUGAAUGUGUGCCAACUGCUUCAAUAGAUCUGUAACAAGUUGUCGCUGAUUUCUAAUCACACAAGUUUGUAAAAAGAGAUGUAAGUGUCAGUUUCAGCUUAAAGGAACACUAUAAUGAAAAGGAUAGUUGCGGCGCACUCAGACUACAAAAAAUGCAACACAAAGAAGGCUUCUAAACUGCCUAUCUAAGAAUAAAUAUGGGGAUUUAGUUCCACCAUAUGAUGAUAAGCCCACCACUGCUUUCAAAGUACCCCAAUGUUGGUGGGUCCUACGCUAAAAUGUGGGGGACAAAUUAAAUAGUACUAGUGUUAAAAAUAAAGUGUAUUAUUAAAUCCUUGUAAGAGCAACGUGAGUAUACAAAAAUAAAGUGAUGAAAACAGUGUUAAAACGAAACAAUUAACGUGUUAGCGCUAGAAUGAGUAUACUCACUAUUGCAGAUGAUAUGUGUUGAAUGGAGAAAAUAAUAAGUGACCUGACUAUUGAAAACUCCUCCUAUAUAUACACACACCUGUGGCCACCUCUAAAGGGGCCUCUGAAGCUGGGGGGCCUGGGCGGGGUGCUUAACCCCAAAGUAAUCUGGUCUGAAUUCCAAAUAUACUGUGUACAGAGAAAGGAUUGGGGGCCCCCCAGCUUCAGAGAGCCCGGCACUGGAUUAAGGUAAGUGGCUGAAGGGGUUUUAACCCCUUCAGCCCAGCGGGAGGGGGACCCUGAGAGUGGGGGCACCCUUAGGGCAAUAUAGUGUCAGGAAAACCACUUUUUUUUUUUCUUGACGCUAUAGUGAUCCUUUAAAGUGUCCCUUUUUAUCCCCCCAUUGGUCCUACAUUAUCAAUGAGUAUGAUUACUGGAAACAAGACACCAAAGAUUCAUUAUAGUAGUAAGUAUGUUGGGGACAACAGGUCUGUCAUUGAGAUGGCGUUCAUCUACACUUUGGUUCAAUCUCAAUGCAAGUUACAAUCUAUAUAUUAAGUAAUUGUCAUGCUUUGUUUUACAGGAAACAAAUCAAGAGAAGCCAGAUAUUCCUGUUGGUGAGUAUACAACUACAGGGUAUUCAUCUCAUAUAUGUAUUUGGAAAUUUCACAUUGUCUAUCAGUGUGGCUGAAAUAAACACUGCAAUAAUAAAUGAGUUAAACUAGUGCUCUUUACAUGGAGAAUUGGCAUAUAACUGGAUAGCUUUAUUCUAAUUUGACAUUGGAAUACAUUCUGCUAUUUUUAUUCUUUUCUCCACCCUACAGAUCGUCUGAACAUCUCGUACAGUAAAAGCAGCGGUCCGGGGGGACAAAAUGUUAACAGAGGUAGAGUACAAUGUUGCUCUGUGCCAUUUUCUACAAAUAAUAAUCACAUGUGUCAUAUUGCUCCAAGAGAGGACUUGUUUGAGUCUUUGGAUAUUUCACUUUAGUUUAACCACCAUCUUGUUUUUCUUUGUGAUUCUGACCUCUUUUGUGUUUGAAUUAUUGCUUUCUUCCUAAAUCAAUCUUUUCUUGAUUUCCUGCUGCAUAUUUUGUAAAAUAUUGGAAAAAAUGUCUUUGUGGCUUCCCUCUGUUGAUGAUUAUGAGUAAGAAGAAAUGUUUUUCGAUGUUGUUACUAGGGAAUCUGGUUUAUAGCUAAUACACUCCUUAGAGCUGUAUUCAAGCAUUGCUCUGGCCCUGGUAAUUAGCCAUGUGGGAAUGAGAGAAACCAAAGCAAACUGUCUCUUUUGGGGACAGUUAUGGGAGACUUUUUUUUCAUUACUUAUGGCUGACGUGGAAAGAUUAUGGACAAUUGUUUGACAUUAUCGUUACGAUUUUCCCCUGCCCUCUGUAAGAUUUUGUUUGGUGUUGGGUGGUGAAAUAUGAGAAUGCCCGUGUGCUUUUUGAUCACCCAAUAUCACUAAUUUAAUUGUUGGCUUCUAUUAGCACAAUUUUGUUUCUGCUUUCCUUGUAUAUUGAGUAUUAAAAGGACACUCUGACCACCAUAAGCACUACAGCCCCCCAGCAGGAAAAGCUAGAUAGUUAUAUAGAGCAGGGCUUGACAAAUUUGUUUGGAAUAUGGGAGCCAGCUAAAAAAGUUAGGAGACAGUCAUUUUCAACAAGAAAAUGCAAUUCUUAAAGGGACACUAUAUAGUCACCAGAUCCACUACAACUUGAUGUAGUUGUUUUGGUGUCUAUACCUGUCCCUGCAGGCUUUUCGGUAUAACAAAUAUAAUAUUGCUGCUUAGUAAAAUAACUAGUGAGUCACUCAGAUUGCCACUAUUGCGUCCUGCGUCACUACUGCACCACAUGCAGCACCCAGGUUCAGUGUCUCCAAGCUCUGCAUAGAGGCGCUGAAUGUUCCUCAUAGAGAUUCAUUAAUUUAAUGCAUCUCUAUGAGGAGAUAUGGAUUGGCGCAUUUGCUGCGCAUGCACAAAAUCCUCCCAAUGCUUUCCUAAGGGAAUGUAUUGGUUUAGCUGAGAUCAUAAAGAUUGAUCAUCUCAGCCAUGAAGGUGGGACCAGCCGCGGCAAAACUGGCAUAGCAUGGGGGAAAAAAGAUGAGUAAAAACUCCUUUCUCAUGAGGUUGGAGGAGGCAGGUACCUAAACGCGCACACACUCUGACAGGCUCGCACGCACUCACUCUGACGGGCUCACACACACUUACAUUUUUGUUUUAAUUGACCUUUGGGAGGCUGAGUGGGGGCAGGUACAUAAACGCACGUGCACACACACUCUGGCAUGCUCACACACACUUACAUUAUUUUAAGUGAACCCCACUCAGUCUCACUACCUUUGGGAGAGCUGAGUGGGUCUUUCCCUGGGGUCCAGUGGGGCUGUUAUCUUCCUGCGUGUGAGGGAGCAGUAAUCUACCUACAGCUCCCCUCUGCUCCCUUGCGCUCUCUCUGUAAUGAUGCCAGAGCCAGAGUGAUGUCAUAUUCUGGCUCCUGGCAUCCUUGGACAGAGCGAGGGAGCAGAGAGUAGCUACAUGCAGAGUACUGCUCCCUCGCAUGUUGCCUACAAUGCUUCCUCAGCCGGCUGCCUCCAUGCUCCUCAGGGCGGCCGGCAGCCUCCAUGCUCCCCAGGGCAGCCGGCUCCAAUAUUCCCUGCGAUGGCUGCCUUCAAAGCUCCGGUGGCCACAUUAACUAAAUAGCUGGCAAAUCCCAGGUUCCAGGACAAUAUUUCCAGUCGUCCUGGCGCCUGGGAUUUGUCGAGCCCUGAUAUAGAGCAAAGCAGGACCAUGCUGCUGAAUCUCUCGGCCAAUGAGCGUUUCUGCAUCAGGUAUACUUUCUGUACGGAGACAUCUGGUGUGACUAAUGUAGUGCAGGCAACCACGGGGAUUUGGAUAAAUUGGCAACAAUGCUUAAAAAGUUUGGCAAGUUUUUUUUUUUUUUUUUCUAGGUUGGUUGGUUACAAAAUAUUGCUUUCUUUUUUUUUGUAAUGUUUAGUAUAACUUGUGCACAGAUGCUUUUCAGCAGGGAAUUUGAUUUAUUCGAGGCACCUGAAACACGUUUGUGGAGAAGUCUACUUAAGUAUUUGUUUCCUAUGACCAUAAAGAACUUGCUUUCGAAGGUUGUCAGCAAACCAAAGAAAAAGUUUAAUAGGUAUUGAAAUUAAUAAAUAUGGACAUGUAGGAUGCACUGUAAGAAUAACAAAGAUUUAAGUAUUCUGCAGUGAUUUUGCAUUAACAGAAUCUUAUUAAGGAAGGAAACCUCUAGAAGAAUGACUUGAAAGUAAUUUGCCUAAGAACCCGUAAUGAGAAUCUGUAGUGGAAAAUAGGGGAACCUGUUUAUGAUUUUAAUUUGAGCUCAUUCUAUUCCACAUAUUUGUACACAGCAAUAGUUCAGCGAUCUGUAACUUUGACAUUGUCUGAUUACGGCACUUGUAAAAUAUGUUUGUUGAUUCAUGUGCACUGACCUACACUGAACACCUGAUGGUGUCCCAACCUUGCCUGGUCACUUGUGGUGACUAUAAGAAGUUCAAUUUAAAAAUUUUAAGAAAAUGCCAUGGAUCUUGUUUUUAUACUGUUAUUGUUGGGCUUCAUCAGUGCAGAUUUUAGUUUCUUUCUUAGCCUCUUCGCCAACAUUUUGCAGUGUGGUUUUCAAUUUUCUCUUCAGUGUUUAGUGAUGAUGGUGGGGGAGCGGCUUGGUGUUGAAUUAACCUUUCUGUAUCCUCACACAGUUAAUACCAAAGCUGAAGUGCGGUUCCACUUAGCUUCUGCAGACUGGAUCUCUGAAGAUGUCAGGCAGAAGAUCUCUGUACAGGUAACGUUCAUUAACUGACAUUUUGUGGCGUGACCGCAGAAUAUCCAUGAAUUGCCCCUUUCAUGUUUGUGGAUGUACCCUCCUGAAAUGCGUGUUUCCCCAUGUAUUUGUCAGGAUUAACUUUGUAAUCUGCCUUUCAACCAUGCGGGGGACAACCCCGGUGCCUCGUUAGAAUGUUCACACCCAUUAAUCAGAACGUUCACACUGGCAACAUAGGUGUGAAACUGCAAGGGAAGUAAUUAACGAUCGCUCCCCGGGGUAGCUGCCAGGGUGUGCCUUUCCCAAGGUGGCUGCCAGGGGGAGUGUUCUUAUCCUGAAGUGGGACGCUUUCCCUAACUUCCCUUGAGGGGACUUCUGAGGUUAAUGGGGAUAUUGUAUGGGGUACCGGGGGCCCAUGUUGUUGCGGGGCAAUACAUACCAUGUACCCUACUUAUGUGUGUAUGCUUCCUCUUUGUAUUCUGUCACACUCCUCUCCCCCCCCCACCCCAUGUCUUUGACUGCAUUUCGUGUGUUUCACUUGCGCCCUGUUCGGGAGCGCUCUUACAAACGGAACCAGUUCGUCUCCUGAAUGGGGGCCACCCUGACACUCCAUGUAGAAUGCUAGUAUAGAACGUUCACACCUCGUAAUGAGGUGUGAAAACCACAAGGGAAAUUAGCGGCGCUUGCUACCCCUGGGUGGCCGCUGGCUCGUAUAACCGACCGCCAACCAGGGAAAGCAUUUGUUUCCCGAACAGCCCAGGCCGCACGGUUUCAGGUCCCUGACCAAGGGAUCACCCUACCUGCUCCUAAUGGAGCUAUAAUCACCAUUUCCCCUACCCGGGAGCUACGAGGCCAGGUUCGGGGUGCCCAAGGGCGCUCUGCCCAGGGCUGCCUAAGUGGAGGAAGCCGCCGUAGAGAGGCAUGAGCCUUAGCGGAAUACCUGGAGCUGUGAGGCGGGGAUCCCGCUGGCCGCCUGGAAGUCCGUGCCGACCAAUGGGAGGAGCGCCCCUUCAUACUGGGUUUGCGCGUUCUCCUGGUUGGCCGGCAGCACGGAUGAAGCGCUGAUUGGUCGUCUGUAUCUCCGGGCGACCAAUCAGAGGACCCGUUUAAACAGGGUUUCACACCCUUCUGAUUGGGCGGUGAAACCCCUCUCCUCCACUAGCACCGAUUUGGUGCAACCCCUCUCCUCCACGAGCACUGAUUUGUGCGCCCUUUCUCCUGAUUGGUUGUUUCGUGGUUUAGGCGCAAAAUUUUAAUUCGCCGGAUUAAAUAAAGAAACUUCAUGGAACUGAUUUCAGGGAUUUUACAGAGCUUCAUGCCCCAGACUUUAGAUGAUGAUUUGUCGGGCUCUGUACAUCCGACAGCCCCACUAUUUGCAGGAAUCCCAGAUGGUAUCCAGGGCUGUCUAGAGAUGUAAGUUUUUUUAUCUGUGUGGCCCCUGCCCUUCCUGGGGCACCGAGCCCCAAAGGUUUACUCCCCCCCUUUUUUUAUGUAAUACAGUUAAUGUGUAUCCCUGUGUACUGUUGGCAUCUCUCACAGCAGGAGAUGGCUAUCUGUAACCCAACCCUCCUGCUUGGGAUUGUGUUGUACUGAUUGGGUCUGGGCAUAAAAGCUGUGUGUUCUGAAUAUAGAUUGUCAGAGUUUGUAUCCCCAGGACUGUGUGUCGUCUGGUUACUGGGAGGGAGAUGGGUCGUUUUAUAUCUUAAACACCUCCAUUCCAGAUGAAGGAAAAGGCUAAGCAGCGGUAACCAGUCAGGUUGUCCCGGGGCCCGCUACACUUUUCUGUAUCCAUUGCUAUUUUCUUCAUGAUAAUCGACUUUCCUCGUCCGCCAGACACAUCUUUUGUGACUGUCUACUCAUUUCACCAAUCACCUUCUUUAUGCUUGUAUUUCUAGUGCUUGCGGAUCUCCCUUUAAAUUUCAGUCACCUUUUUGUUCUUCUUGAUCCCACCUUUUUUUUUUUUUUCUAUUACCUACUAUUCUCCUUAACAUUUUUCCCACUUGCCGUUUUACUGUGUCUUUCUUAAUUUCUGAACUCUUAUACCUGAUGUUAUCUUUCUUUCCUGUAGCAUAAAAAUCGCAUAAAUAGAAAUGGGGAAUUUAUUAUAGUUUCUGAGGUGAGCCGUUACCAAAUGCGUAACCUGGCAGACUGUCUUGAGAAAAUCCGUGAUAUCAUCUCUGAUGCUAGCAAAAAGCCAAAACCUCUGACCACCGAGGAUGUUGAGCUUCGCAGGAUGAGGUACUGUUACAGAAAAUGAUAAAAUGUUUUCCUAAUGUCUUUGAAAUCAUUAUAUGGAAGGAGGACCGUAAUUUGCUCUGUGUGUGUUUUGUAACCAUCACAAAUGUAUCCAAUGUAGACGACAACUUACCCGGGUUGCCAGUUGCUGCUGCCUCCUGCGGCCUGUGAGCUUAUUGCGCUGAUACUGCUGGCAGUAAAGGGAGUUUAUUCCACAAGAGUGGAGCUGGCAACAUUUUGACACAAUCACAUGGUUUUUGUCAAGCCUAAGCUCACAACCCACCACAACCAUUUUAAAUAGAUUCAUUAUUUAUUUAAAAGAACAAACCUGGUGUGCAAGGUAAUGGGGAAUUUUGCCCAUUAGUUACAUUUAACAAGCUUAAGGUGAAACUUCUUAAUUGUUAGUCCUGGUGUUGUUGUUUCAUCAUUUAUUUUUUUUACUCUUGGGGGUUCACGGAAGUUGACCUCGGAAACCUACACCCAUUUAUACAUGGGCCAGUGGUGCUUGUCUUCCUCUACCUCUGUUUUUGUGUCAGUACAGGAAGGCAUUUAUUGGCUAGAGUGCUCAGCUGAUGCUCUAAACCAUUGAACCAAUCCUGCAUGACAGGACUUAACAUAGGGGAGCUAAUGGAACCUUCUUGCAGUAGCUUCUGGGCUGCAGGGGAGAAUAUAACCGGCACACAACAGAGCCAAGGUAUCUUCUCAAAUGUCUAUAAACGCAGCGAACUAGGGCACAGUGCUUUGUAGUGGUUAUGGUGCUUGUACUGUCCAUUUUAAUGGUUACACUAGUUCCCAAACUUUUUAGGUUCAAGACGCCCUUAAUAUUUCCAAAUUUUUUACCAAGGUACCCCAAGUCAAAAUUUACUGGUGUUAUAGUGUUGGUGUUUGAAGGGGUGCUUGUAUAUAGUUUUAGUGUUUUAAUACAGGGCUGUGUUUGUAUGUAAUGUUCACUUUUAAAUGCGUAUGUACAUUUGUACAAAGUAUUUGUGUUUUGAGUGAAGGGGUGUUUUUAUAUAUCAUUUCGGAGUUUCAAUGCUGGGGUGUGUUUAUAUGUAAUAUUUGUGUUAGAUUGCAGGGUGUGUUUGUAUGUUGUGCUGGUGUUUGACUGCUUGGAUGUAUAUGCAUAUACAUUACCACAUACUUAUACACAUACAUGCACAUUAACACACAGGUACAUUUAAAUACUUAAACACACACACAAAUUCAUAUCUGCACUGACACACAGAUCCAACCGCACACUGUGACAUAAAAACACACCCUGACAUGCAGAUGCAUAUCCCGACACACAGAUUUGUGCGCACACAGAUUCACACUGAUAAAUGGAUAUAUACACAUACUCACACAAUCUGACAUAAACACAUAAGUGAUAUUUUUUUUUUUAUUUUUUUUUUUAUAUCUGUAGCCACUCUCCUGUUAGCUUACCUUGUGUCCAGGUGGGUGGCUUGAUUGAAUGCCUGGAACUGCUGGUGGAUGUGAGGGGCUCUUCGCGCUCCUCUCCCUGCACAAAGCUGGGAGGAAGUGUGAGGCUGUCACUUCUUCCCAGCCUGCUGACACUACAGGGGCUCGGUUCCGGCACUUGACAGGGCCCCUGUUUAGCAGAAAUGUUUGGCGGCGCCCCUGUGUGCCUGUCUGGGGCGCCGCACCACACAAUUUGGGAACCGCUGGGUUACACGAUGCAUAGUUAUUUUUAUUUAUUUUUAUACCAAAAUAAGGCAAAUGUCUAUCAUGACAAACAAAACCUACUUCUUUUUUUUUUUGAAUGUUUAACUGUAAUUUCCUUUUUUAAUUACCGUAAGUGCUUAUUUCUCUGUAAACAAAAUUGUCUUGUCUUUUUACAGAGUGGAACUUAUGAACAGAGAGCGUCUACAACAGAAGAAGAUUAAUUCUACUAUUAAACAUAGUCGGAAAGUACACCUAGACUGA